CCUGCAUUAUUUUUGUUGAGUGGACUGCGGUCUCCGUCCACAGCACAGCGUCCACUCGCGCCUCCGCUCGGAUUUGUAGACCAUCUCUCAGCAGCCGUUUGGAUAAGACAUUUUUACGACUUCAGAGUAAGAGCACAUCAAACAGAGGCUAUAGGCCCUGAGCUAAGGAGAGCAGGAUGUCUGGAUCAAUACCGUUCUACCAGAAGCACCAUCGUCACUAUGACCGUGACUAUCGUAGUCGGGAGACCAAGUCCGCCAUCAGCCAAUACCAGCAGAGCUCCUCCAGCAGAUACUCUGCCCAGAGCAGCAGCACCAGCAAGGGCAUCAGAGCCGCCACCUUCACUUCUCUGGAUGAGGUGGGACUGAGUCCUCUGACAAAGAGAGCCAAGCCCACCUACCUGGCCAUGGACAAAGAGAACCAGAUCAUAGGCUAUGUGGUGCCCAUCUUCAGGGGAAGUCAGGAGUUUGCGAGUGGUCUGUCUGACACAGAAGAAGCGCGGGCUAAAGAGAGCGCUGCCUAUCUGGCCCGCAGAGACCUCUUCACCAGCGGGGUGGAGAUGGAGCGCAUGGAGCACAAAUCUCGCAGAAGCAUCAUGAGGGAGUCAGCAGAACGCAUUUCCCUCAACAAGAGGAUCCAUGAUAACGAAGAGUACCACAAACGUCUGAAUGAAGACAGCCUGAUGCAUCCACCGGAGUUUGUGAUAAAGCCCCGCUCACACACUGUGUGGGAGAAACAGUGUGUGCGGCUGCACUGCACCAUCACAGGAUGGCCUGAGCCUCGAGUGGUGUGGUAUAAGAACAAUGUUAGCAUUGACCCCAUGGCCCACCCAGGGAAGUACAAGAUAGAGAGCAGCUACAAUGUCCACUCUCUGGAGAUCAACAGGUGUGACUUUGAUGACACGGCCCAGUAUCGUGUGUCAGCCAUGAACAGCAAUGGGGAGCUGUCUGCUUUUGCCUCUGUUGUUGUUAAAAGAUUCAAAGGUGAAGUUGAUGAGUUUCUCCCAGCUCCCAGACCACAUCCUUGCCUUGAGUAUGGUGUGACUUUCGAAACACACAUUGUCGAGAAGUUUGGUGUGUCAUUUGGGCGUGAGGGAGAGACCCUGAGUCUUGGCUGCUCUGUUAUCAUCUAUCCCUCGCUGCAGCGUUUCCAACCUGAGAUUGAAUGGUACAGAGAUGAUAAGUUGCUAGUGCCAUCUAAGUGGAUUCAAAUGCACUGGAGUGGAGACAGAGCCACCCUGACACUCACACACCUCAACAAAGAGGAUGAGGGUCUCUAUACACUUCGUGUCACCACCAAGUCCAGCUAUGAAACACACUCUGCCUACGUCUUCGUUCGAGAUACAGAUGCAGAGGUUGCAGGAGCUCCUGGUGCUCCUCUCGAUGUGUGUUGUCAGGAUGCCAACAAAGACUAUGUCAUUGUUACCUGGAAACAGCCUGCUGUGGAUGGAGGCAACUCUAUUCUGGGCUACUUUGUGGACCGGUGUGAAAUUGGUACCACCCACUGGAUUCAGUGUAAUGACACUCCAGUAAAGUUCGCUCGCUUCCCUGUCACUGGUCUGGUAGAAGGCCGCAGUUACAUUUUCCGCGUGCGCGCAGUAAAUAAGAGUGGCAUGAGUCAUCCUUCUCGUGUGUCUGAACCCGCAGUGGCCAUGGACCCAGCUGACCGCGCUCGCAAAGGAGCCUCUGCGCCAUGGACUGGCCAAAUCAUCGUGACAGAAGAGGAGCCUGUCGAGGGUGUGGUUCCUGGCAAACCUCGUGACCUGCUUGUUACUGAAGCAACCAAGAACUAUGUGGUGCUGAGCUGGAAGCCCCCAGGCGAGAAGGGACAUGAGGGGGUCAUGUACUAUGUUGAGAAGUGUGUAUCUGGCACAGACAGCUGGCAACGUGUGAACACUGAUAUUCCAGUAAAGUCGCCACGAUUUGCACUAUUUGACUUGGCUGAGGGGAAGUCCUACUCUUUCCGUGUCCGGUGCUGUAAUUCUGCUGGUGUAGGUGAACCUUCAGAACCCACCGAGGCCACUGUAGUGGGAGACAAGCUGGAUAUUCCAUCUGCACCAGGCCGUGUAGUGCCUACCCGUAACACAGACACGUCUGUGGUAGUGUCAUGGGAGGCAUCCCGUGAAGCUAAAGAACUUGUGGGUUACUACAUUGAAACCAGUGUUGCUGGGAAAAAUGUUUGGGAGCCCUGCAACAACAAACCUGUCAAGGCCACCAGGUUUAUAUGCCAUGGCUUGACAACAGGUGAGAAGUAUGUUUUCCAUGUAAGGGCGGUUAACGCUGCUGGAAUCAGUGAGUGCUCACAGGAAUCUGAAGCCAUUGAAGUAAAAGCUGCCAUUGCUUCUCCUGCUCCACCUUAUGGCAUCACUGUGCUGGAAUGUGUGCGGGACGCUAUGGUGCUUAGCUGGAGGCAGCCAACCUUCAUUGGCGGAGCUGACAUCGUCGGGUACUUUGUGGAUUACCGUGAGGUCAUCGGUGGAGUACCUGGAAAAUGGCACGAGGCUAACAUCAAGGCAAUUAGUGAGCGAGCAUACCGGGUUUCCGAGCUGAAAGAGAAUAUGUUCUAUCAGUUUCAAGUUCGUGCUGCAAAUAUGGCUGGGGUAGGCAUCCCAUCCCUGCCCAGCGAAACCUUUAAAUGUGAAGAGUGGACCAUUGCUGUACCAGGACCUCCACAUGACCUUCAGGUGCUUGAGGUGCGUAAGGAUUCUUUGGUGUUGAUUUGGAAGCCACCAGUGUACCAGGGUCGUGACGAGGUCAACGGCUACUAUGUCGACAUCAAAGAGGCCGAGGCAGAUUUCGAGACUUGGAGAGGAGUGAAUGAGAAAGCCACAAGCAAGAAAUACAUGAAGAUUAAGGAUCUGAAAGAGGGAGUGACAUAUGUUUUCCGUGUCCGAGCUCAGAACAAGGCCGGUGUGGGCAAAGCUUCUGAGCCCACAGAGCCAGUGCUGGCUGAGACUAAACCAGGCACCAUGGAGUUGGCUGUAGAAGUUGACGAUAAUGGUGUGAUUUCACUGAACUUUGAGUGUAAAGAUCUCAUUGCUGACUCCAAGUUCAUCUGGUCCAAAAACUAUCAAGAAUUUACAGACUCUACACACCUUACUGUGGAGACCAAGGGCAACAAGUCCAAAGCGACCUUUAAUGCUCCUUCUGAGGAUGACCUGGGCGUCUACUCCUGUGUCGUCACACACACUGAUGGGGCUUCUGCAAGCUAUACUCUGACUGAGGAGGGCCUGAAGGAGCUGCUGCAGCUCAGCCAUGACCGCAAAUUCCCUAUUAUUCCUCUAAAGUCAGAGCUCGCUGUUGAGUUGCUGGAAAAGGGUAGGGUUCGCUUCUGGCUACAAGCUGAGAAGAUGUCGCCCAAUGGCAAAGUUGAUUAUGUUUUUAAUGACAACAUGAUCAACCAGGGAGAGAAAUAUAAGAUGAACUUUGAUAAGAAUACUGGCAUCAUUGAGAUGUUUAUGGAGUCACUGGGGAAGGAGGAUGAAGGAACGUUUACUUUCCAGCUCCAGGAUGGCAAAGCCACCAACCAGUCCAGCCUGGUGCUAAUAGGAGAUGUUUUCAAGAAGUUGCAGAAAGAAUCUGAGUUCCAGAGAAAGGAAUGGCACAGAAAACAAGGUCCUCACUUUGUGGAGUAUCUCGGUUAUGAGGUCACACCUGAAUGCAUCGUGAGACUGAAGUGCAAGGUUGGUAACAUCAAGAAGGACACAGUGGCGUUGUGGUAUAAAGAUGGAAGGGAGAUUAAGGCCAAUGAGAAACUGGACUUCUCAGAGGGAACGCUGACCCUGGAGAUAGCACAGAUCUCUAAGAAGGAUGCAGGUGUGUAUGAGGUGAUCGUGAAAGAUGACAGAGGAAAAGAUAAAUCCACACUCAACCUAACUGACCAAGGAUUCAAGGACCUGAUGAACCAAGUCUUCAGUGUUAUUGCUAACUCCUCCACUCAACUGAAGAUUCAGAGCACAGAGCAGGGCAUACGCCUCUAUACCUUCGUCAACUAUUACAAUGAUGAACUGCACGUCACCUGGCAUCACAAGGAUGCUGCUAUUACAUUUACUGAUCGCAUCACGAGUGGUGUGGUGGGAGAGCAGCUAUGGUUGCAGAUUUCUGAACCUACAGACAAAGACAAGGGCAAGUAUGCCAUUGAGUUCUUUGAUGGGAAAGGAGGACUAAGGAGAACAGCAGAGCUGUCUGGACAAGCAUAUGAUGAUGCCUAUGCAGAAUUCCAGAGACUCAAAGCUGCAGCCAUUGCUGAAAGAAAUCGUGCUCGUGUGGCUGGAGGUCUGCCUGAUGUUGUGACCAUCCAGGAGGGCAAGUCACUGAACCUGACAUGCAAUAUCUGGGGUGACCCUGUGCCAGAGGUGACCUGGCUGAAGAAUGAGAGAGAGUUGGUGUCGGACGAUCAUUACAUCCUCAAGUUUGCAUCUGGCAAGUUCGCCAGCUUCACCAUCACCACCGUCAACACAAGCGACUCGGGCAAAUAUUGCAUUUUGGUCAAGAACAAGUAUGGCACGGAGAGCGGCGACUUCACCGUAAGUGUCUUCAUCCCUGAUGAGGAGCCCACCAAGAAAAAGUAGAAAAUGAUGAACACAAUCGUAAUAAGGAUAAAAAAGUAAAUAUGUACAAAGACGAAAAAUAACAGCCAAUUUAAAAAUGCCUUUCAAAUGAGUUUGCUGAGUGUGGUACAAUUGGGUAUCUAGUCUUGACAAGAAUAUUCUACCAAGUUUAUAAAACAAAUAACCCUGGAUUCAAAUAAGAUUGUCUGAUGUUUAGGGGUUUUACCACCCUGGGAAGAAAAGUUACAGAAUGGUGCUAAAAAGAGGUUAAAGUCUGGAAGAUAAAAUGUUUUGGUCCAAUCAUAUAUCAAACCACCACAGUAGUGCCCCAGUAUCACAAAUUGGGAAACUGUCAGUGCAUUGUAUACUUAGUCAUAUUAAUGUGGUAAAGCUUAAUGAAAGUGAUACACAAGGGAAGAGGUUUCCAGUCCUGGUAACAUUUUGCAAGCCCCCGUUUUAGUUCUACUCCACUUUUGAACAGAUCUGAGCCAGGUAAUCAGUGCUUUACAACUAAUUACCAUGAAUCCGAACAAAAAUGUGGACUUGAUCAGUGUCCUUUGCACCUUCCCUAGUGGCAUUUCUCAGUUUCUCUCUCAAUAUUAGCCAGUAAUGCCUGUGUUAUGUUGUGUGGUCUCCCUCAGGACUAGGGCAGCACUUUAGUUUUAGCAUUUUGUUGUGUUGUGUUUGUGUUGUAGCUUUAUUGGGAAAGAUCUGCAGCACUGAUUUGUGUAUGAAAUCUUUAAAGCCUUGGUCUGAAGGGAAAUCCUGAAGCUCCGAAAAAUUUGGAAUCACUUUACUGUUCCAUUUAUAGUUAGGAAUGUCUGUUGAUUAAGCUUUAUGUUGCGUCACCUCAUUAAACCACUGCUCAGUAAUUAUGAAAUCACAUCCUCUAACGUUUCAGUAGUUAUGACCUCACGUCUCGCACCUCCUUUACAUUGCAUAAGGUUCCAUGCCACUUUUCCUGGCACUGCACAGAAGUUAUGACAUCACUUAUCACUGCAUUAACAUUUAUGUCAUUAUGAUGACAUCACUGUGUCUGUCUUGUUUCCAAUAAACGGAGCACAUAUUCCCUCA